UGGUUUAUGGUGCUCAUCAAUAGGCACCAAUGAUACUGAAAUUUUCGUUACACAUUCAGGCAUGGCUUUUAUAUACAAACAUGCUGAUGAAAAUCGUAUUUUACAACGUAUUCCAGGAUUUCUGGGAACAUGUGAAAAAGAAUUAUGGAUCAAUUCAUUAAGUGUUCUGUACAACUUACAAACAGAAAGUGAUCAUCAACUAUUAUAUUUGGCUGAAUGUUAUUUGACUGAUUAUUGGAAAAUUGUGAUUUGUAAUGAAAAUGGUGCUUUGCUGACUGAAUUUACACUUAACAUUUCAUCAAUUAAAGUUACUGCAUAUUGUGCAAAAAAAGUGUUAUCAUCCACUGGAGACAUUAGUUCACUAUCAAUUAAUCUUGCAAUAGCAACAUCAGAUCAUAUUUUACGUGUUGUACAAUGUGUAAUCAAUAAUCCUGUUGUAAUAGGGAAUUCAAAACAAUGGAAACAGAUUGCUAUUUAUCCAACUGAAACAGAAAUCACUCAACUAUUCACUCUUGAUGAUAGUCAAUUUAAAAUUCUUGCCGGUGAUCGUCAAGGUCAAAUUCAUUGUUACGUAUUAUUAUGAUUAUGAUAUUUUAUGAAUAAAUAAAUUUUUUUUAUAGUUUUUUUCUAGAUAAACUGAAAUUGUGUAUUUUAUUUUCUUGUUUUUUCAAAAAAAUUAAUUUUUUCAUAAUUUUUUUUUAUCUUUUUUUUGUAUUCUUUAACUUGUUUUAUUUUAUUAUUUCUGAAAUGAUCAUGUGUAUGAAUACCUUUUUUAGUAAUAGAUGUGUGAUUGAAUUGUCUAGUGCCAUUUUCCCCUAAGUGAUCAUUUAUCUUAAUCAUGAACAUACUUGUUUUGUUUUUUUCAAAAUAAAUUGAUUUGAUAAAAAA